UAUAUAUUAAUGAAUCAGGAUUCAUUAUAAUACAAACCUCAUGUCAUCAAUGUUUCUUAUUAAGAAAUCUCUCCUGAUAUACCAGACUUUUUUACACAUAAAAGACAUGUAUUUAUUAUGACCAAUACAGGAAGACCCAUUUAUGUUAGAUAUGGAAGUGAAAUCAAAGUAUUUAGAUAAUAAAAUAUCAAAAGUCAUCUAUCUUUUUAGCUACGAUUAAUGCAAUCUUUUAAAAGUUUCUUCUCUUCUUUUUUGAAGAUAAAGAAAAAUAAACAUUGUUUAAGAUUUCUCAUGACAAAUGUAAUAUAUACAUUCUACAGAGAAAUUAAAUCACUUACAUUUGUAGUACAAAUUCUCUCUAAGUAUUAAAAUGCUUUAUCUUAGGAUUCAGAAUUUAUCAUAUAUUAAAUGUUGGAUUUUCUCAAUACUUAAUUGAUAUCAAUAGUGACAGAUUAAGCAAAUGUUCAAUUAACUUAGAAACCAAAUUAUGAUUUAGCAUUUUCAGUAGGAGGAUCACGAAAUCUAUUGACUUUGGCAAUAAAGAAUGGAUUAUAUUCGCCAUGCAUAGCUUUCAAUUCAAUAUGUACAUUACCUAUGACAGCAUCAUUAAGAUCAUACAUUCAUAAUAAUCUAAAAGAAAUUAAAUUGCCUAAUAUUAUAUCAUCUUUAUUAUUAACAGAGACUUUUGUUAUUGAUAUUUGGAGAUAGAAGAAUAUGGAAUUUAAAACAUCUGAUAUAUUGAUUAUAUAAAGUAUGAUACAAGGAUAAGGAUAAUUAAAAAAAGGUGAGAAUUGGACACCAAUAUGUUUACCAGGUUUAUCAGCAAUGGGGUUUGUUUAUGCUUAUAUAAAUUUCUUCUAUCAAAAUACAAUUGGAAUUGUAAUGAUUUCUGAUGAUAACUCUUUAGAAAUGUUUUCAAAAUGCAAAGAAGCAGCCUAAGUAUUAAUAGAAAAAUUCAAUUCAAUAAAUCUAUUAUAAACUUUAUCUUAAACUCUUCAAGAUAAUCCACCAACUCCAAAAUGUUUAGAGAAUUAAACUUAAAUUAAACAUUUCAUUGUUAGACAUAUUUCUGGAUAAAUAUUCCUUCCUGUGUAUUAAGCUUUUGGAAUAAAUAAUAAAACUUUCAAAUUUUACAUGUAACAUUAUGGAGAAUUGUAUAAAGAUUUUAUGAUUUCCUAAUCCCUUGGCAAUUAGGAUGUAAAAUAAAAUUAUUUUGUAUGGGAUUCUAGAGGCUUUGGUAUUACACAAUAUCAUGAUGUUAUAGUAAUAAUAUUAGAAUUAUAAUUAGAUUAUGUUCUGUUUUAAUGAAUUGAUUGAAUUCUAAUAAAUAGUAUAGAAUGUUCAUAUUCUUCAUAAAAAGUUUAAAAGUGAAGAAUUAAAUAACUUUUUUAUAUUGAAAGCAUCCUGA